GUCUAGGCACCACGGUGGCCUGCGGCCUGCGGGCGGCGCUGUGGCCCGUCGGGCGGCCCGGCAGAGCCGCCCUAGCCUCCCGCCUACCCCAAGCCAACGUCUCCGCCGUCGGCUCCGCGGCGCCGCCAUGGCCGACGUGGAAGACGGAGAGGAAACCUGCGCCCUGGCGUCUCACUCCGGGAGCUCAGGCUCCAAGUCGGGAGGCGACAAGAUGUUCUCCCUCAAGAAGUGGAACGCGGUGGCCAUGUGGAGCUGGGACGUUGAGUGCGAUACGUGCGCCAUCUGCAGGGUCCAGAUGCCUGUCUUAGAUGUCAAGCUGAAAACAAACAAGAGGACUGUGUUGUGGUCUGGGGAGAAUGUAAUCAUUCCUUCCACAACUGCUGCAUGUCCCUGUGGGUGAAACAGAACAAUCGCUGCCCUCUCUGCCAGCAGGACUGGGUGGUCCAAAGAAUCGGCAAAUGAGAGUGGUUAGACGGCUUCUUAGUGCGGUUGUUCAGAGCCCUGGUGGAUCUUGUAAUCCAGUGCCCUACAAAGGCUAGAACGCUCCAGGGGAUGAAUUCUUCAAAUAGGAGCCGAUGGAUCUAUGGUCCUUUGGGACUCAUCAAAGCCUUGGUUUAGCAUUUUGUCAGUUUUAUUUUCAGAAAUUCUCUGCGAUUAAGAAGAUAAUUUAUUAAAGAUGGUCCUUUCUACCUCUGUGGUGUGUGUCGCGCACACAGCUUAGAAGUGCUACAAAAAAGGAAAGAACUCCAAAUUGAAUCACCUUUAUAAUUUACCCAUUUCUCUACAACAGGCAGUGGAAGCAGUUUCAGAGAACUUUUUGCAUGCUUAUGGUUGAUCAGUUAAAAAAGAAUGUUAUAGUAACAAAUAAAGUGCAGUUUAAAACCCAACUCUUAUUCUUAAUUUGUUCCUAAUAUGUAUUUUUGGCAGGGAAAGGGAGCGGUCCAUGAAAUCUUUAUGUGAUGUGAGGAUUUUAAGUUUGGGCCAGUGAACGGGGUAAAUAAAAUUUAACUUUUAGGCAUAUGGAAUUUUGAUUGCCGUUAAAGUUACUAUUCUCUGUCAUUCAGCAAGAAAACGUAGAUCUGUACUCACCUCACUGUUCAAUCAUUGAGUGGUAAAGGACAGAAGUAUUUUCCAGUUCUGGUCAGAUGAUGUAAUUUUUUUUUUUUUUUUUGAGGUGGAGUCUUGCUCUGCCACCUAGGCUGGAGUACAGUGGCAUGAUGUCAGCUCACUGCAACCUCCGCCUCCCAGGUUCAAGCGAUUCUCCUGCCUCAGCCUCCCGAGUAGCUGGGAUUAUAGGCAUGUGCCACUACACCUGGCUAAUUUUUGUGUUUUUAGUAGAGACAGGUUUCCCCAUGUUGACCAGGCUGGUCUCGAACUCCUGAGCUCAGGUGAUCUGCCCACCUUGGCUCCCAAAGUGCUGGGAUUACAGGUGUGGGUCACUGCGCCCGGCCCAGAUGAUAUAAUUUAACUGUGUUUUAGGUAACAUGUUAAUAAGGGAAAAUGUUUACCAGUGUAGCAUUCGGUCAAAAAGUUUAUUUUAUCACACAGUGUUUUAAUAAAUGGUUUAUUCUGCUU